GUUCGUUGGCAGUAUGAGGAUUCUCCUCAGAUUGUGCAAAGACUGCCCUUUCCCCAGGAAGAGAAGAGGAAAUCUUUUAAUGAAUUCAACAAACCUGGCGAAAAUCCCUCGAGUUCAGUAAAGACACCCAGACCGUCUACGAAUCAACCAAACACUGUAAACUCCAAUAAGCCUCGGGUAUUCUCUAUCAGUGGUGUAAAUCAGGAUGAAAAAGUGCGCUAUCAGGCCAUCAUCACUGAACUUGGCGCAGAUUUAGAUACUGGAAUGACGGUUGGUGAGGCCACCACACAUCUUAUUAUUAAUUCUCCGAGUCGUUGCGAGAAGUACCUCAUGUGUCUAGCCGGUGGCCGAUGGAUUCUGCACAAGUCUUACUUGGAUGCAUGUGCUGCAGCGAAUACUUGGCUCCCAGAAGAGGCCUACGAAUGGGGUGGACCGGGGACUGAACCUCUUCUGAUACAACUUUCUCCUGCUCCCAAUUCUGGUAGAUCAGGUGUUUCAGGUGCUCUUAGUUGCGUACAACUGAGAGAACUCGCCAAAGCAGCACGACAUUGGCGAAAAGCUGGUGGAAAGGCUUUUGAGGGGUGGAAAGUUGUAUUUGGACCCGGUUGUGAUCGAGAAAGCAGUUUUAGGCGCAUAAUCGAAUAUGGCAGUGGGAAGGCAUUUGACCUUCCAGCCUAUCACAAUUUUCAUAUCAGAGUCCGUUUGGAUCGUUGUGACGCUUUGAAAUGUGGAGGUAGCCAACACGAGAGUCACGCUAAAAUCGACCCUUGGGUCUCCUUUAUUACAAUUUUUGUUUAG